CCCUUGAGAGGGAAAAAAGGGCACACAGGGAGUCACCACCUUGCGCCCCUGCGCAUGUGCAGUGACCCGAGGCGGAACCGGAGCGUGGGGAUUUGGCGCCUGCGCUCGGGUGGCUCGGUGCGACAGUGCUGGCCGGCGGCGAGAGCAUGUCAGCCCCUUUUGAGGAGCGCAGUGGGGUAGUUCCGUGCGGGACGCCCUGGGGCCAGUGGUACCAGACUCUGGAGGAGGUGUUCAUUGAAGUGCAGGUGCCACCGGGCACUCGAGCUCAGGAUAUCCAGUGCGGUCUGCAGAGCCGGCACGUGGCCCUGGCCGUAGGCGGCCGCGAGAUCCUCAAGGGCAAACUCUUUGAUUCUACAAUAGCUGAUGAGGGAACGUGGACUUUGGAGGAUAGAAAAAUGGUUCGUAUUGUUCUCACAAAGACAAAGAGAGAUGCGGCAAAUUGUUGGACUUCUCUUCUGGAAUCUGAAUAUGCAGCUGAUCCUUGGGUACAAGACCAAAUGCAGAGAAAACUUACAUUAGAGAGAUUCCAAAAAGAAAAUCCUGGUUUUGACUUCAGUGGAGCAGAAAUCUCAGGAAACUACAGUAAAGGUGGACCAGAUUUCUCAAACCUUGAGAAAUAACUGCUUUUCUUUUUUUUUUUUUUGCUACAUUCUGUGGAUCCUAGCUGAUGUUGCCAACUUAAAGGAACAGAUUAUGUGCUAGAAGAAAAAUAUGGAUGCUUGAAGUUAAAUUGCAAAAUACAUUUAAAUAUGGUUCUAAAAAUUGCAUUCAAAUAUGAUUUACAUAAGAAACGUACAGUGGGAACUGUCUGUGAACGAACAUAUGGCAAUUUUUUUGGACUUAUUUUUGCUCAGCAUGGAGUUUUAUACGCUACAUUUUAUCAGUUUCAUAUUUAAAUGCAUUUUUACUAUAAAAAACAUUGGGGUGCAGAUCAUAUUAAAUGAAAGGGUGCCUUCAGAGAAAAUUAAGUUUUUCUUUUGAUAAGUGUGAUGCAGGAAUAAAGUUCAAUAAACUUUUUCAGAAAGAGGAUCGUAUGCCCCUUCAUCUAAGUACAUUAAUUCACAUAAGUACUAAAAAAAAAAAAAAAAAAAAAUUAACAAAAAUU